AUGGCAGCGCCCGACGCAGCCUUAAACUGUGAGGACUUUUCACUGUUUCAGGAGGUGCUGAAGGUGAUGCGCAUCAUAGAUGACCGUAUAGUUCACUCCCUGAACACUACAGUGCCCACUGUAUCAUUCUCAGGCAAAGUUGAUGCCACACAAACAUGUAAACAACUGUAUGAAACUAUGAUGGAGGCUCAUUUGAGUCGAGACAGAGCCAUUAAGUCCUGUAUAGCCCAAUCGUCGGAAGUUGUGGGACAAUUGCGCGAGGCAAGGGAAAAAGAUGGUGACAACUUGGCCCUUCUGAAACAGCUGAGAAAGGAGCAGACCAAAUUAAAGUUGAUGCAGUCUGAGCUCAAUGUUGAAGAAGUGGUCAAUGAUAGAAGUCUGAAGGUUUUCACUGAAAGGUGCAGAAUCCACUAUACAUCUCCAAAGGUAGUUUGA